AUGCUCUCUUCUCAUCACCUCGUGCUACCACUGCUGGCUGCCCACGUAGAGAUAGGCAUUGAUGCACAGACACAACGCUUCUCGAGUGGCGUAUCACUUGUCCCAGCCAGAUCUUCUUACGUCUCAUCAGAAAGCAUAGAUAUGUGGUACAUGUGCAGUGCGUAUAGAUUCGUCGACGAUGAGCAGGACAGACAAACCAGCGGCGUUCAGGUGGUCAUGGUCGAGCUGGUUUGCGGGAAUAGGCAUGAGACGGUAGUGGGUUGGCGGAUGUCAUGGCGACUGGGUGUUUAUGAGGUGAAACUGCGUGGGAAAUGGGCCACCAUCUGCUAG